AUAAAAUAUUAACCAAUGACGGGCAAGCGGGCCCCGAGACCCCUCCCCCUGCCCCGGCCCCCACCCCACCGCCCGCGCCCGCGGCUGCCUGCGCCCGGACGGGAAAGAGCGGCGGGCCGACCCGACCCGCCGAAAGGGCCUGAGGCGGGGGGCGCCCGGGUCCCAAGGCCCUGGGGAAGGACCCCCCAGCCGCACGCCGGCUCCAAGUGCAAAGCAUUGACAUGGCCCCGUGAGGAGAGGGGGCGCCCUCGUUCUCCCUCGCCCGGCGGCUCAGCCGCUCUGGCCCGCGCCCCAGCUUGGCCUCCGACCCCGCUCUCGGCGGAGGCGCCGCCCGGGGCCCCUGCACUCCGGAGGGAACUGGAAAGAGAGGCCGGUGGGCGGGCGAGUCGGGAGGCGAGGGCGGCCGAGGUCCUGGAGAGGAACCCAGGUGGCGGGAGCCGAUUUGAGACCCUGGGAAUUGGAAGAACCAAACAAUGUGCCUUGGAUGGCACAGAGAGCCAGGCUCAUACAGGUUCGGCCCAGGAUCUGGAUCUUGAUGAGAGCCUGUUGAUCGGAUUUCCAGCCACCAGGGAGGCCAAGUAGCAAGAACAAAACUCAUCGUUAAACAAUUCUCUUCAAGACAUAAGCCCUUCUAGGGAGCUGUGGAACCAUCGGUGAAGGUCCUCCGUGAACAAACUGACACUACAGAAAUACCAUCAUGGUGGCCUGAGGCAGGCGCCAAUA